UGUGAAAUUUGGCUAACUUGCAAUGUUUCUGAUCCAGUUAUCAGUAUAUCGGGUUAUAAUUUUUUUCCGAAAUGACUCUCCCUUAAAUCUGAGAAUUCAUGGUGUCGGGAUUUACAUUCGAGAUGAUAUUAAAGUAGGGAAAACUUAUUCAGAUCAUCCGAAUAAUGUUGGGGUAUUUUUGCCUGAUUUUGGCGUUACCAUAUUAGUAGUUUACAGGCCCCCAAGUAAUUCUUUGGAAGAUAAUAUUGCUCUUGUUUCAUACCUGGAAUCUUCCUGUGUUGGAAAAGAAUUAAUACUGGUUGGUGACUUUAAUCUCCCUUCUGUUGUGUGGUCCACUGAGGUUCCUUAUUGCACUUCCUCUAUUGAUAUUAGAUUUCUAGAUUUGUUUUCAUCUUUGGGUCUUAUACAGUGGGUUACGCAAUGUACUUUUGUCCGGUCUAAUAAUAUACUGGACUUGGUCUUUACAUCUGAAGAUGAUAGAAUUUCCCAUGUCAGUCUAAUAGACCCCUUUCCAGGUUGUGACCAUUUUCCAGUUUUGUUUGAGUAUUUAUUUAAUUCUAAUCCAAACAUUAAUAAUAUACAUAACAACUUUGACUUUUAUAAUGGCAACUACACCUUGUUAAACGAUCACAUUUUGAAUUUUGAUUGGGAUAAUGAAUUCCUUGGCUUAGAUAAUGAACAAUCAUAUUUAAGAUUUAAAAGUUUAAUGCUUAAUGCCAUUCAGCUAUUUAUUCCAAUUAAGAAGGCAUUAGGAAUCAGGAAACCUCCUUGGGCAAAAUCUAUACCUCUUUCUUUAAAACGGCAUAAACACCAAGUAUGGUUGGAAUAUAAGGAUGCUCGGACAAAGUUUGGCAGAUCUUCCCCAAUAGCCUUGAGGUUGUGGCAUUCUUUUAAGACAAUAUCUGUUCAAUAUAAAGAUGCUGUCCAUCAAUCUGUAAUUAAAUAUGAAAGAUCUUUAGUUUCUCCCGGAAAUCCUGAUGUUAAACGUUUUCACUCCUUCGUAGCAAGAAGGUUCAGUGUCCUGCUAUUGGACCGCUGUAUGGAGAUAAUGGUUGGUGCGCUGACACAACUGACAUGGCAGAUCUUUUUGUUGAUGCAUUCUCUGGUGUAUUUUCUUCUGCUGACUUAUUGAAUCCUUAUCCUUUUCAGCAUCGUGACAAUUCAUUUAUAUUUAAUAUAUUUAGUUUUGAUAUUUUUAAAAUUGAAAUUAUCCUUUCUAAGCUGAAAUCUUCUGCUUGUUGUGGCCCUGAUGGUAUACCUUCAGUAUUUUUAAAGAGAUGUGCCCCCUCCAUUAGUUAUCCUUUGCUCUUGUUGUUCAGAAAAUCUCUUUUAUCGAUGCAAGUCCCAUCAGACUGGAAAGAUGCUGAUGUUAUGCCACUGUUCAAAGGUGGAAUCCAUUCUGAUCCCCUCAACUAUAGACCAAUCGGUUUGACAUCAUUGUGCUGUAAAUCUUUUGAAAGAAUAAUUGUGUCUCAACUUACUUCUUAUUUGGAAGAUAAUAACUUACUUUCACAGCAUCAGUAUGGUUUUAGAUCGGGUAGAUCAGUUUUCGAGCAACUGUUGUAUACUUAUGACUAUGUGACUCAUUUCUAUGAUAGUGGUAUGUCAGUGGAUAUGAUAUUUUUUUAUUUCAAGAAAGCUUUUGAUGUUGUUAAUCAUAGAUUAUUACUCACAAUGCUGUCUAGUAUUGGGAUUGGGGGGUGUUUGCUGGGAUGGCUGAAAGACUAUUUGAGUGGGAGAAAGAUGUAAGUAGUUGUCCAUGGUAGUAAGAGUUAUGAUAGCGAUCACAGAGUCAUGGAUAAACACUGCAGACAGACACUUUCUCCCAGAAUUAGAGAUUGAAGUGUAUAAGUUAUUCCACCAGGAUCGAAUAGGCAGGAAGGGGGGUGGGGUCGCACUCUUCGUCAGGGACAAUCUUAAAUGUGUCAUUAACAACUCAAUCAAGGUAGUUAGCAAUACAGGAUCCCUCUGGGUAGAAACAAUAGGUAGGAAGGAGAAGCUUGUCAUCGGAGUACUUUACAGACCGCCCAACCUUACCAGGGACAGUAGCCAAGCCCUUUUACAGGAAAUUAGUAGGGCGUCAAGAUAUAGAAAUGUGUGUGUAAUUGGGGAUUUCAAUUAUAGGAACAUAGAGUGGGAUACUUUAUCCGGAGACCAAGAAGCACAGGAUUUGUUAGAUGUGAUACAGGAUAGUUUCCUUAUACAGUUAAUUAGAACACCAACGAGGGAAGAAAAUAUUUUGGAUUUGUUGUUAACUAAUAGAGGACAACAUUGAGGUUGGGGAUUCAUUAGGUAACAGUGAUCAUAAGGAAAUUCGAUUUAAUAUCAAAUGGGAGGAUAGAGUCAGCAGUAACAACACAUUAAUACCUGACUUCAGGAAGGCGGACUACGAGGGGUUAAGAAAGCAGCUGCAGAGGCUUAGGGGAGUGAGAUCAGAGGUACGUCAGGACCCAGAGCAGGGAGGGGCAUUAAUCUCUGGUGAGGUCACUAGUCAGGUCAGUAGCUUGGAGGGUGAGUACAAUAGUCUGGUCAGGGAGAUUAAACUAGGACAGAAACAGAUUAUACCUUACAGGGAAGUCAGAUCAACAGGUAAUUACCCGCGAUGGGUGACAGAAAGGCUAAAAACUGAAAUAGGAAGGAAAAGAGGACUAUAUGUUAGAAUCAAAAGGGGGGAAAUUCAACUAAGGAUAGUUACAAUGAUUUAGCUAGAACAGUAAAAAAGAACACGGGUAUGGCAAAACGUAAUUAUGAGAUUAGAAUUGCCAGGGAAGCAAAGACCAAUUCAAAGGGCUUCUUUCAGCUUUAUAAGACCAAGGUUAGUGACCGACAGUGAUGUGUGCUGCGAGAGGUAUGAGGUGUGGUCUCACCAGCCAUGCGUUAACAUCAAGACCUCCUCGCGGCUUCUGGAACACACCCUGAUCGUGUUCCUGUGCACGGUGUGCCUGGACACCAGCAGGAAGGAAUGGCCGAGUGAGAAGCACGACAAGACGAUCCAGACGGAACCCAGCGUGGAGGAAAAGGCUGCCCAGACAACGGUCGUGCAAGCCGCCCCAGCGAGUGAGCCUGCCCCCAAGAUUGGCGUGGCGGUCCAGACGGAACCCAGCGUGGAGGAAAAGGCUGUCCAGACAACGGUCGUGCAAGCCGCCACAGCGAGUGAGCCUGCCCCCAAGAUCGGCGUGGAGGACAGGGCAGUCCAGAUUGCCCUGUCCCCCAGGGCCGGACUUGAGCGGCGGGACCUGGAGGACAGGAGUAUCCAGACCGAAGAAGCCCGGAGGAAGAAGGCAGUGAAGAUGGAAGUGAAGAAGACUCCGAUCCGCAUUAUAGGCGACAGCAUGGUAAAGAAUGUCCACAUGCAUGUGAAGUGCAAGCUGGAGGGAAGUGGCAUCACCAGCAUGAGUGGUGCACAGAUUACGAACAUCAGGAAGAAAGUCCAGGAAGAAGCUGCCGGAAUGAAGGAUGGCCUCCUGAUCCUACAGGGCGGUGGGAACGGCCUGCAGUAUGUGGGUCAGGAGGACACCAUCAAGGAAGUCAGCGACUCCGUGAAGGCAGCAGAAGGACGAGGCAUGAAAGUGGCAGUAGUGGGCAUCAUGAGAAGACCGAAGGCAGGACCUGACUAUGAGAAGAUGCGACGGACGACAAACAGGAAGAUUCAGGAAGAAUUGAUGAAACUGAAGAUGGAGUGGAUGCAGGAGAAGAAAGGCGACGUUAGCUUCAUCGACCUGGACAAGGCGCUGGAGAGGGACGCAGCGUUCGCUACGAACGGUGUCCACCUUAACGAAGAAGGGAUGAGACGGAUGGGACAGCGGCUGUGUGGGUGAGUGAAAAUGAAGUCCCUCCGUCUGGUAGAGGCUGUAUGAAUGGGCUUGAGUGCCCUAGUGCGGAGAAGUGAAGACACCAACCAGGCGAGUGAAUGCAUGAAAAUUGGAUGUUUGAAUGUGAGAGGCUGGGGUGUGGGGAAGUAUGAGGAUGUGUGCAAGGAGCUGGAUGAAUGGAAGUAUGAUGUGGUAGGUCUGACUGAAACACACCUUAGAGGUAGGGUACAGUCUGAGGAGAGUGAGUAUAUGUGAUGUUAGGAAAGGGCUGUGAAAAACAGACUAUGAUGGGAGGAGGCGUAGCCUUUCUCCACCGAAAGCACUUGAAGAUGGAAGAGUUGGAUGUAGGAAACAGUGCUGGCAGUGAGAAUGUUUUGGCUUUGAGAGUGGAAUGCAAGGAUAGGAAGGGCAGACCAGAGAGAGUAGUAAUGGUUGUUGUGUACAUGACUGUGGAGGGUGAAAGAGCAGUUAGAGAGAACAGGGUGAAGUACAACACCAUUAGGAAAAUUAUGAGGGAGCAUGCAGGAGAGAGAGUGAGUGUUUUAGGCGACAUGAACACACACACGGGUAUGCUAGGUGAACGCAUGAACAGGAAUGGGGAAAUGUUCGCUGAGUUUGCAAGUGAUAUGGAUCUGGAGGACCUGAAUGAAACUAUGGCAGAGGGACGGGUGACCUGGAGUGCGAGAGACCAGGGCCCGUAUCCUCGACAACUAUUAAUACUAAACUUUGUAUUAACUUUCGACUUUGGUAUUAACUUCACUCUCAAAGUGUAUCCUCAACAACUAUUAGCCUAAUACCUACUUUUAACUUUGGUAUUAACUUGAGAGUGCUGGCGAGGACUUCUAAACACUUAAUAGUAAAGUUAAUAGUGAAUCCCAGACCCAUAUCAACAUGGCCACCAGACUUCCUCGUCCAGCCCGCCUCAGCAAUUUAGAGUUUGAUAGGGCGCUUUGGAACUGUAUAACGAUGGUGAACUUGUCAAGACAUACAUAUUAGACCGUGCAGGAAUGGAGUAUGUGACUGAUUUGGUGAGAAGAGAGCUACAAGAUCCAGUUCAAAGGGAGCAUUCCCUCACCCCGGGGUUGAAAGUGAUUUUGACUUAAAGAUACUUGGCUACAGGAAAAAUGCUGCAGUGUUCAAGUGAUGAGUUUGGGGUAAGCCAGAGUAGUGUAAGCAGGGUGAUUGUGGAAACUCUGGCCGCCCUCAGUGACCCAUAGGUAGUCGGGAGGUUUAUCCAGUCUCCCCUUGAUAGGGUGGAGAUCCGUGUAAAGCAAGCAGAAUUCUACCAACUUGCCGGUGUUGUGGGAGUGAUAGACUGUACCCAUGUGAAAAUAAUGGCACCAAAGGAAAACGAUGUAGUUUGUCAACAGAAAAAAAAAAAAUAAACAUAGCUUGAACAUACAAUUAGUGUUUGAUGCCUUUGUUAUUGAUUAAAAUGUGAAAUAUUCGAGUUAAGGAAAACAAAACAUGGGAAAAAAACUUUUAUUUGUAGCAGAAAGGUACACACAUGCAAAUGAAAAAGAUGACAUUAAAAUUGCAUUAAAAUGUCAUUUAGAAUAUGAUUUAUAAUUAUUGCUGCUGGUUAUUCAUAUUGAGAUAAUAAUGGUUGUAAGAAAACUUGUUAGAGACGUCUGCCAGUGUGAGGGAGGAGGAACGAAAGAUCAAGGUGACCACAUCGUGAACAUCAUGACUUAUGAGUGAAGUAAAACGAGGUUACUUGGUUUCUGUUUACAAAGUUCCAAGUGGAAAAACAACUUUAUUGUGAAUUCAGUGUAUACUUUUCUGGAGUAUUGUGUUUACUGAGUGAAUUGGUGACCAAUCUGUUGCUAUUUGAGUCUUGCUUGAAGAUAUUCAUCAUUGGAUUCAAAGCUAUGGUAUUAAUGUGCAAUAGUCAUCAUAACAAAAUACGUAGUAAUUAAUUAUAUAUGUCAACCUAUUUAUUUUCAUGAGAUCAUGGUAUGACCACUGAAAAACAUAGCUUUUUUUAUCUUGGCUCCAUUACAAAUUCAGUAUAUAAUUACUCUAUUAGUGGAAUCUAGUUUUCAGCAUCUUUUAUUAUUAUGCCAAUAUUCUAAGCACUCAGCUUGCAAACAUGCUUAGGUUUAUGUUGUCAGCUUGGGUCGGACUUAGGUGAACACUUUACCAAGUGACCUAAGAUUACUCAAUGCUACCAUAUAGGUAUACUACAUCUUUGAUUGCGAGUUCAUCACAGAGCACUGGAGAGCAGCAUGAGUCUAAUUAGGUGCUAAUGAAUAUCCUGCCUGCAUCACAGACUACAUAAAAUGCAAAUAUGAUCAGUGCCUAAAGGUGUUAUAAGCUAAUGAUGGUAAAUUGACGCCCCUGAUUGUAACAACGCAUCUUGUAACACCCAUGACUGGGUGCCGGUGCAAAUCUCCUCAUUUAACACCGAGAAAUUAAACUAGGCUCUAGGGAACUUGGAAAAAUCCAAGUUAGAGAGUGCUGGCUGUGGAGAUUGAACCAGUGACCUUCGACAUACAAAGCCAUGUCUGUCAGUCGAGCCAAUAAAGGUAAAGGUAAAGUUGGGGCAUACGCUGUAGCAGUGCGUGGCCUCAGUGCUCAUCUCUGUAACAUUGGCCCUUGGGCCUGUGGUGGGAGGGAGCCCAUUACCCUGGGACACAGGGCCAGUGUGACAUCCGGGUUACCACAGUUUCCCCAGGUAGUCAUUUAUUGACCAGCCUGAGAGGGAGGAUGAUCAGCUGGGUGAGUUGCACGCCGACUGCCCAGGCCGGGAUUCGAACCUGGGCCGGCGUAGAAGCCAGGCAUGCUGAGCACUAGACCAUGGAGACGUAUUGGAGCCCAAUCUCAAGUGAACCCACUCACAAUGGCACACAAUUUUUUUCAAGUAAAUUUUGUGCUUUGAAUGAAUUUGCUAACCAUUUCUGUCGAAAAACAGCAGAGAUUAUUUUUCACCCCUUCCACCCUAACCUCCUCAGUAAUAAAAAAAAAGUAACAAAAUCAUAGCCUUGAGGGAGUAAUAUUCAGCCCCAGCAUCAAAAAAUUAUACUGCUGCCCUAUGAAAGGCAUCUCUUAACUCCGAUGAAGUAGGUGGUGACUGUGGUGGAGCAGCUUCAUUGUCAUCCCUUGCAGUGGCAGGUGUCAUUGGGCCAGCAGAUGAUGAAGCAGUGGCUGGUGUCAUAGGGCCAGCAGAUGUUGAAGCAGUGGCUGUGCCGGAGCAGCUGAUGGUAUCUUUUCCACAAGUAAUGAAAAAUGUGUUGGGAUGGUCUCUAG